UAGUUUAAGCUUAUUUUGUGGGGAUGUGGGAUUACGUAGAAAACACAUAAAACACAACUCAGUUCAGCAAAAACAAAUGUGUACUGCUGGUUUUAAUCCUUGAAUUUUGCCAAUUUUUUUGCGUUUGUUAAUGUUAAAUUUCCUCAAUUUUAACAUAAAAAAUUGAAGAAUGAAGAAGAUGGCAAAGACUCGAAGUAUACGUAUAGGUCCCAUUGUUGUUGAAAUCUCAGAAGGUCUCUCCAUAAACGUAUUUCUUCGAAAGCGAAAUAAAAUAAUCACUUCGAACCCAGAGAAGUCGAAAGUUACAACAAAGAGAAGAAGGACCAUUUCGAAUGAAUUUAUCCUUUCGAAGGGAUCUGUCAGCUCCAUUGCUCCAAGAGGAAGUAAAGCCAGUUCUCUCAUACAACAAUAUAAACAUUAUAUCAAAUGCAAAAGAAGUGAAAAAGAUCCUCCCACUGUACUUUUAGCCUGGAAAGAAUUAAACCUCGCAAUGAAGCCACUGUUUCCUCAACAUCGAACAAACGGAAAUGACGUGAAUGACUGGAGAAAAGGAAUCGUUGUUGAGGAGCUAAAUCUACUUUUACUACGGUGUGUGAGUGCUUGUGAAGCUAUUCGUGACUUUGAUGACCUUGUCGACACAGCCCGUGUAAGUUUAACAUUGGAUAUUUCUUUGAUCAAUGGGAUGAAGAAGGAAUAUCACGGAAUUAUUGAACUCAUAGAGGAGUGGAAAAUGUUUUACUCGGAAUCUCUCCCGUAUAUAGAGGCUACCUUUUUACCAAUCACUUUCGAAAGAAUAGAAAUUGCACAGUUAUUUGAAGAGCCAAUGAAAAGCUACUGGUUGAAAAAAUCAGAACAAAUUAAUGUGAAAGUUCUUUGUUUAUGGGCCUUUCGAACGUUUGUAGUGAUCCCAAAAUUGAAAAAAAUUAGCAAUGCUGCUACCUAUUUGCCCAAGUUGAACAACCCUCAACGAGUAUCGCUUUUACAGAUGAUAUCUAUCAUUUUUCUCGUGAAACCAAUAGAGGAAUCUGAGGUAAUCUUACUGAAUUGGCUUCGCUCUCUCAUCUUAAACCAAACAAUUGGUGACCCUGUGUCAUAAUCUCGAUUCGUAACCACUUACAGUAUCAUCUAAACAAAAAGGAAUUCGUUUUGAGGAAAUUUAUUUUCAGAUUAAGGUGAUUUAUUAUGCAUUAAUACAGUCUAUGAAUGCAUUUUACUCAUAAUUGUUUAGUCCAUAAGCGUUACUUGUUUUGUUACCUCUAUUUUGAUUUUUCACCGUCAAUGUUUCUAGCAAUACUGAAGAUUCCACCUAUAUCCCACUCUGGAUAAUUUCCAGCAAUUUAUUCUCCC